AAGGUUAAACAACUCAUCAUGAGGAAGUUGAAGUGAGCAUACAUAUGUGGGAGGUGUUGAAAUAGUGGAAACUUUAGGGUCAGGAGAAAGGGAAUGGGCUAGAAAGAGUGACAGGUAUAAAGGGAGUCCACCCAGCCAACGAAGUCCUCCUCCGGUGUCCGCCUGAGAUACGCCUCUGCUUUCGGCACGAUGCUCAAGUCUGUCACAGAAAGCUUUGCCAGAGUGAUCCAUGGCUUGACAGUGGGGCACCUGACAGAUCACGUUAUUCAAAGAAGCAAGAGAAUGAUCCUGGAUACCCUGGGCGUUGGCUUCCUUGGAACCAGUACAGACGUGUUUCACAAAGCCAGUGAAUAUAGUAAGAUCUACAGUUCCAAUGUGUCCAGCAGUGUUUGGGGUCGACCAGACUUAAGGCUCCCGCCACCAUAUGCUGCUUUUGUGAAUGGUGUGGCUAUUCACUCAAUGGAUUUUGAUGACACAUGGCAUCCUGCUACCCACCCUUCUGGAGCUGUCCUUCCCGUCCUCAUGGCUUUAACAGAAGCUCUCCCUUCAAGUCAAAAGUUUUCUGGCCUUGAUCUGCUGCUGGCAUUCAAUGUUGGGAUUGAAGUACAAGGCCAAUUAAUGCAUUUCUCCAAGGAAGCCAGUGACAUCCCAAAGAGAUUCCACCCCCCCUCAGUGGUAGGAACUUUGGGUAGUGCGGCUGCUGCAUCCAAGUUUUUAGGACUCAGCACGGCAAAGUGCCAGGAGGCCCUGGCUAUUGCUGUUUCUCAUGCUGGGGCACCCAUGGCAAAUGCUGCCACUCAGACCAAGCCUCUUCAUAUCGGCAACGCUGCCAGGCAUGGGAUGGAAUCCGCUUUUCUGGCAAUGCUGGGGCUCCAAGGAAACAAGCAGGUCUUGGACAUGCAGACAGGCUUUGGGGCCUUCUAUGCCAACUAUUCCCCACAAGUUCUUCCAAACCUAGAUUCCCACACUUGGCUGCUGGACCAGCAGGAUGUGGCCUUCAAGAGGUUCCCGGCACACCUGGCCACCCACUGGGUGGCAGACGCAGCUGUCUCCAUCCGAAAGCACCUUGUCACAGACAGAGCCCUGCUUCCCACUGACUGCAUUGAGAGAAUUGUGCUCAGAGUUCCAGAUGUCCAGUAUGUCAACAGGCCCUUCCCAGACUCGGAGCAUGAAGCUCGUCACUCAUUCCAGUAUGUGGCCUGUGCCACACUGCUCGAUGGUGGCAUCACCAUCCCAUCAUUCCACAAAUGCCAGAUCACCAGGCCACAGGUGAGGGAGCUGCUCGGUAAGGUGGAGCUGGAGCACCCUUGGGACAACCUGCCAAGCUUCAACACACUCUACUGUGAGAUAAGUAUCACUCUCAGCGAUGGAGCCACCUUCACAGAGUGCGCAGAGACCUUCUACGGCCAUUGGAGGAAGCCACUGAGCAAGGAGGACCUGCGGGGGAAGUUCAGAGCCAAUGCCUCCAGCAUGCUGUCCUGUGACAUAGUAGAAAGGCUUAUAGAGAUCGUGGAGAAUCUAGAAGACCUAGAAGAUUGUUCUGUGCUAACCACUCUGCUGAAAGGACCCUCUCCACCAGUGAUGGCUUCAAAAUCUAUCUAGCAUUUAACAGUUCCAUCGUACAAUCACUCCUGAGGUUUAUCAACAUCUAAGUGACUUUAUAUUGGAGAGAAUUUGGUGAUUUGCUUUCUAAAGCAAGGGUUUAUAGUCAGUCUGCCCAGGAAUAAGGGAAGCAAGGUGGAGAGAGUCCAGAAACAGAAUUGGAUUUUUAUGGAAGGAGUCUUAUCCUAUAAAUUUUGCCAGACAGUUCCAAUUACCUAAAGCAAAAUAAUAAACAUGCAAGAAACACAGAGAAAUUGAUUUUAUAAGCAUUCAUAAGGCUGAAAUUCAAGUCACCUGUGAUUUGCCUGUAAAGUUAAUCUUCACAGAGGAGUUAUUUAUGAACUUAUGAACCUCAAGGUGUAGGAGGAAUUUCAAACUACAUGUCAAUUUGCUGACAGUGGAUAAGGCCUCUGGCCUAUUGCACCACCAACAGAUUUCUUAGACCAUGGGUUCUUAUAAGCCCUCCACAUUGGAGGGGGUGCUAUUGGGUUUAAAUAUAAGGAGUUGGUGGGUCCAAAUCCUGCCCCUACAACUUAUUAAAUGUGACCCUCAGCAUGUUGCUGGGUAACCCUCUGCCUCAGUUUCCCUAUUGAUAAAGCAGAAAUAAAAAGCAAUGUAAAAAGUAAAAA